UUGACGCCGUUAAGAGGAAUAAUUCAGAGUUUGAGGUGACUGCCGCUGCUAGGCACCGUUAACAGACUCGCCACUUGAGAGCCAGUAUCAUCGCAUGGAGUAGCCCCCUUUACACCAGCAGCACCACUGGAUGAACUGCCUUUGUCUCUCGCCUUGUUAAACAGGUUAUGCUGCCCAAAAGUUGUCUGAGUCCCAGCGAGAAAGAGAAGGGCUAAAGCUGCACCAGUCCAAACCAGAGCCUAAAAGCAAGCAACUUCCCCUGCAGAGCCAUGAGCAACCCCAGCACACCGAACAAGGUUACAGAUGCCGUUUCUUCAGUUGUACAUGGGCCUGAGGCCUGUGCUUCCUCUCCGCUUCUCCAGCGCCGGGAGGAGGAGGACGACGAUGGCGACCUGAACAAAGCUUUGGGCGUUCAGCGCUUUCAAAACAUUCUUCGCCCUGCUGCAUCUGUACCCGACGAACUGCUUCACUCCUACCAUGAGGAGGACAUUGAAUAUCACCGUCACUACUCCCGUCACAUUCACCGGCCUCUGUCCAAGCUCCCGACUGAGGGGAAAAAGAAAAAGGGCAGCGGUAGAAGGAAGAAGAGCAAAGAUCAUAAAAGCAGCCGUCCCCCCUCUAGUGGUCCUAUUGAGGAGGGGGAGGAUGAAGAGGAGGAGGAGAGCAUAGAGGCUUCUUCUGCUCUGUCAGAGUCUGAGAAACCCAAAGAUGUUGAGUUUUUCUUGUCAGAUGAUGAUCAGGUGUCCAGAGGAGGAAACUCAACCCGAGAGCUGAACGUCCUUCCUCAGUCCCCUGCAAGAGCAGAAGCCGAAGAUGUUUCCACCACUGAUAAACCCAACUCAGCCAGCUCUCCAAGCCUCACGUCCCACUCUGCUUCACCUGAAAACCCACCUGUGGGUCGGGUCUCCUCCACCAGCCGUAGCUACGACCUGCAAGAGCGACGCCGAACAGGCAACAUGACGGGUGCAGAGCAGGCCAAGUACCAGCGCAUCCCCACGGAUGAGACCGAAGCCCUGACGCUGGCCUCUGCUGAUCUGGAUGGGAUCAAAAGUCAUCGAUUUGAGGAUGUUCCCGGCGUGCGCAGACACCUCGUCAGAAAGAGCACGAAGGGGCAGGUGGUGCACAUUGGUAAAGACCAUAAGGAACCAACGACUCGCAGCAAAAAGCAAGACCGCACCCCACAUGAGCCUCUACCGGUGGUUCUAUACCGUUCUGCCUCACGGCCUGACAGCAUCCUGCUGAACAUGGACUCCAGUCAAAUGGCUCGGUACCAGAAGGUGUUUGUGGAGCUGAACGAGCUGACGAUUGACAAGAACCAGGAGAUGCAGUGGAAAGAGACGGCUCGUUGGAUCAAGUUUGAGGAGGACGUGGAGGAGGAAACAGACCGCUGGGGGAAGCCUCACGUUGCUUCGCUGUCUUUCCGCAGUUUGCUCGAGCUGAGACGGACCAUCUCCCACGGCGCUGUGCUGCUAGACCUGGACCAGAAGACCCUACCAGGCAUCGCCCACCAGGUGGUGGAGCAGAUGAUCAUCUCUGAUCAGAUCAAAGCGGAGGACAGAUCCAACGUCCUGAGAGCUCUGCUGCUUAAACACAGUCACCCGAGCGACGAAAAGGAGCAUGCUAGCCAUUUCCCCAGAAACAUCUCAGCAGCAAGCCUUGGCAGCCUUUUAGUACACCACACCGCCAACCACAACCAUCAGAUGGAGCCGUCAGUGACCGACCCCCUCAUGGGCACCGCCAACUCCACAGCGGACAACGACACUCGCAUCGACAUGGACAGAAGUGAAUCACAGCUAAAGGAACCAACUCUGGGGCCUGGCAUGCAUCGAUCCAAGUCCAAACAUGAGCUGAAGUUGCUGGAGAAAAUUCCAGAAAAUGCUGAGGCCACAGUCGUCCUUGUGGGUUGUGUCGAUUUCCUGGAGCAGCCCACGAUGGCCUUUGUGAGGCUCCAGGAGGCAGUGGAGCUGGAGUCUGUUCUGGAAGUACCUGUUCCUGUCCGCUUUCUCUUCGUCCUGCUUGGACCUCCAACCACCAGUAUGGACUACCAUCAGAUUGGACGCUCAAUCUCCACCCUAAUGUCUGACAAGCAAUUUCAUGAGGCAGCUUACCUGGCAGACGAAAGGCAGGACCUGCUGAAUGCCAUCAACAGUUUCUUGGACUGCAGUAUCGUUCUGCCACCUUCAGAGAUGGCAGACGACGAGCUGCUGCGCUCUGUUGCACGCUUUCAGAGGGAGAUGCUCCGAAAGAGGGAAGAACAAGAACAAGUUAAACUGGCAAAAGAGCCAAAAAGCUUUGAGGAUAAAGAAGCCCUCCUCAAACCUUCGAAGAAAUCAGACGAUCCCUUAGAGCGCAUGGGGCGCCCCUUUGGGGGGCUCAUAAGAGAUGUUCAGCGUCGAUACCCGAAAUAUAUCAGUGACUUUAAGGACGCCCUGAACAGCCAGUGUAUGGCUGCAGUUAUCUUCAUCUACUUUGCUGCUCUCUCUCCAGCAAUCACAUUCGGAGGUCUGCUAGGUGAGAAGACAGACGGGUUGAUUGGUGUUUCUGAGCUAAUCGUCUCGACUGCAGUCCAGGGGGUUCUGUUCUGCUUACUGGGAGCUCAGCCGUUGCUGGUGGUGGGCUUUUCUGGACCUCUUUUAGUCUUUGAAGAAGCCUUUUUUAGUUUUUGCAAAGCCAACAGUAUGGAGUACCUAACGGGCCGUGUCUGGAUCGGCUUUUGGCUCAUUAUCAUCGUCGUCAUUACAGUGGCCUUUGAAGGCAGCUUCCUGGUGCGCUUCGUCUCCCGCUUCACCCAGGAAAUCUUCUCCUUCCUCAUCUCCCUCAUCUUCAUCUGCGAGACCUUCAUCAAGCUAGGCAGGAUAUUCAAGGAGCAUCCUCUGAAACGCUGCUCCAUCAACACCACCUUAGAUGGACAGAUGUCUGCAGAAAACAUCAGCACGAUGCACAACAGCAGCACCAAUGUCGUCACGGUCACUGGAGAGCCCAACACCGCUCUGCUCUCUCUGGUCCUCAUGGCCGGCACGUUUUUCAUCGCUUAUUACCUGCGCAAGUUCAAGAACAGCGCCUUUUUCCCCGGCAGGUUUCGUAGGGUUAUUGGAGACUUUGGUGUCCCCAUUGCAAUCCUCGUCAUGGUUCUGGUGGACUACAGCAUAGAGGACACAUACACUCAGAAACUGAGCGUUCCCAAGGGUUUCUCUGUGACGAGUCCCGACAAACGAGGCUGGAUUAUCAAUCCUUUGGGCUCGGACGGUGAAUUUCCCAUCUGGAUGAUGUUCGCCUGCUGCUUUCCUGCUCUGCUGGUGUUCAUCCUCAUCUUCAUGGAGACUCAGAUCACUACGCUCAUUGUCAGCAAGAAGGAGCGGAUGUUGGUGAAGGGUUCUGGUUUCCACCUGGACCUCCUGCUGAUCGUGGUUCUCGGCGGCUGCUCAGCUCUGUUCGGGCUCCCGUGGAUGGCUGCCGCCACCGUUCGCUCAGUGACCCAUGUCAACGCCCUCACUGUGAUGAGCAAAGCUGUCGCCCCUGGAGACAAGCCCCGCAUCCAGGAGGUGAAGGAGCAGAGGGUCACCGGGCUCCUAGUUGCUGUCCUGGUUGGUUUGUCCAUUGUGAUUGGGGAGCUGCUGCGUCAAAUCCCCCUGGCUGUGUUGUUUGGUAUCUUUCUCUACAUGGGAGUAAUGUCACUUAACGGCAUCCAGCUAACAGAGCGAAUGAUGCUGCUCCUCAUGCCCCCAAAGUAUCACCCUGACCACACUUACGUACGCAAGGUUCGUACAUGGCGCAUGCAUCUGUUCACCUGCAUCCAGAUGGUCUGUCUAGUUGUCCUGUGGUCCGUUAUGUCCACCCAGGCGUCUCUGGCUUUCCCAUUCGUCCUCAUCCUCACAGUCCCUGUCAAAAUGUUCGUGCUGCCUCGCGUCUUCAAUGAAAGAGAGAUGGCUUGUCUGGAUGGCGACGAUGCGGAACCAAAGUUUGACGAGCGUGACUGUCACGAUGAGUACUCUGAGAUGCACAUGCCCGUGUAGCUAUGCUGCCAUGCCUCCCAUCAUCACUAAACUCCACUCAGAACCAGUGGACUCUGGGUCAGAAUCUGCAAAGUAAACAUCGCUGGGCAACAAUAUCGUUGCUUACGCCUUUUUUAAUAUAUUGUGUGCUGGAUAGCGUCAGAUUUCUGUAGCGCUACAAAACAGUGAAAGAGUGACAAAGUGAAGAGAUUUAGCUUUUUUUCAUUACAUUUUGUUUUAUUUAUUUCAGGGGACAGAAGAUUUCUAAUUAAA